AGCUUCGAGUGGCUCCGGGCGCGGUUCAGCGCGCCGCCAUGCCGGCGCCGGGGGGCCGGAAGCCGGAAGGCAACCAUGGCUUGGAGAUCCGACCGCCCUCCCCAUCUGUGCCGGAGUUGUUUCAGCUGCGCUCCGACAUGGCGAAGCACCACCGGCGCAUAGAGAAGAUGCUGGCGGAGGUGCUCGGGAAGAUACAGGUCGCCACCUCCAAGGCCAUACGAGAUGAGCUUGGGACCAUGAAGAAGCAGCUCACCAGGGAAGAGCCGGACAUCUGCAUCCCUGGCACGCCGGACCGAGUCUUCGAGGAGGAUCAGGCUGAGCUGGCCGCAUCCGACGACGACCGGCCGGCCAAGAAGGAGAUGGGCUUGCUCCGCAGACAGGCUUCGGCACGCGACAAAUUCGAGAAGAGCCCGGUGUCGACUUUGGAGGCAUGGGCAGGCGGUUCUGGUCCGGGCUCGCCGGUGAAUGCUGGCAACACCGUGACCAUGAGCACCAGCGACAUCGAGGGUGAGGAUGCGAAGAAGAAGUUCAAGCUGGAGAAGACCAAAGUGAAAGGCGUCAGGGACAUUCUGGAGAUGAAGUGGAAGAGUCAGAGCUCCUCUGAAGUGGGCAGAUGCCGCAGCGCCGCCAAGUUGAUUGUGGGCAACCCGAAGUUCGAGUGGUCUUGCGCCACGCUGAUUUUGCUCUGCGCCAUCUUGAUCGGCGUUGAAGCGCACUGGAGCAUGGUGAACAUUGGGAGCACGCCGCCCCUGGUCUUCCGCAUCUUCAACUCCGUUUUCAACGGCCUCUUCACCAUAGAGCUGUGCUUGCGCUUAGCGGUGGAUGGGCUGUACUUCUGGACCCUGCGGAACUCUUCCAUCCACUGGAACGCCUUGGAUACCGUCCUGGUACUUCUGGCUUUGGUGGAGGAAGUGCUGGUGCUGGUCUGGACCACCGAAUCCCAGCUGUCAGGCCUGAAGAUCCUGCGCAUGGUGCGCCUGGCCCGGAUCCUGCGCAUCGUGCGGGUGGUGCGCUUCUUCUCGGAGCUCCGGGUCAUGGUGAACGGCGUCAUCGGCUCCGCCAAGUCCCUGUGCUGGGCCCUGCUGCUGCUGCUGUUGGUGAACUUCCUCUUCGGGGUCGUCUUCAUGCAGCUCUCCAUGGAGUACCUGGAGACCAUCAACCCCCAGGCCGAACUGCGGCAGUACUUUGGCUCGCUACCGCGGACCAUGCUGACUUUGUACCAGGCGAUCUCCGGUGGGAUCGAUUGGUACAAUGCCAUCGUCACGCUUCUUCCUGUCAGCGAGUGGAUGGAGUACAUCUUCUCCGCCUACGUGUUCUUCACAGUCUUCUGCUGCCUGAACAUCGUGACAGGCAUCUUCGUGGACAAUGCCAAGGCCCUGAAGGUGGCGGAUGAGGAAGCCAUGCAUCAUGAGGCCAUGAAGGAGCGGCAGAAGUGGAUCUCCGAGGUGGCGGAGCUGUUUACGAAGAUUUGUGCCGAGAAGGACGGGAAGUUGACGAAGGAGGACUUUGUGCAUCAUGUGACGCACAGUGACAGAAUCGCGACGUGCUUCUACCAUCUGGGCAUCAACACGGAGACCACCAACACGGACGAGCUUUGGGAGCUCUUUGACGUUGACGACAGUGGCGGCAUUGAUCAGGAUGAGUUUGCCAUUGGCAUCAAGCAGUUCCACGGUUAUGCACGCAGCAUCGACCUCUUCAAAUUGCGGAAAGAGGUCAAGGAGAUUCUCAAAAACCUCGCAUUGUUCGUGCACGACGACCACUGAACCCUUGGUCUUCCACCCUGAAAAAGCCGUUGCCUUUGGCAUUUUUUUUCUU